ACACACACACACACACACACACACACACACACAGAGCAGGGCACACCGGGUUUGACAGGAGACAGCAGAGGUUCAGGUGGUGAACAGAGACUGUGAACACCUGUUAUGAAGAUGCUCUUCAGCCUUGUGCUCCUCUCCCUCCUCUUCACUCCAGGUUUGUCACUGGACUGCUAUGUGUGCAGUGCUUCCGCCACUAACGAAGAAUGUAACCAGAACUCUCAGGAAUGCCAGGCACCGCUGGACACGUGCAUGACGUCCGUCGACACUUUAGGUACCUCCAAAGCCAUAGUGAAGCAGUGUGCCAGUCAGGCGACGUGCACAGGAGCUGCCGCGUCCUCCUCGGUCGACGCCAACGGAAACGGAAACACCGUCAACUGCUGCAACAGCUUCAACUUGUGUAACUUCAGCGGAGCCGAGUCCGUUCACGUGCAUGCGACGCUCCUGCUGAUGACGGCAGCCCUGGCUGUUACAGGGCUGCUGCAACAGUGAGGUCAACGGGAGGCAUCAACCAUGUCAGACAGCUGCUCUGCUGCUCUGUACAGGACAGUGUUGGUCUAAAUGUCUCUGGAUAUAGUGUAUCUAUACAGGCUGUCAUAUGAUGUAAUAUUGUAUCAUGUUGAAACUAUUUCGCUUUCGGAUUCUACGGAAUACUGCUGUACUGUAUAUAUAUGUAUAUGUGACACAUUGAUUUUAAACUGUCCAUCCUGUAGCUGCACUACGAGAAGCCAAAAUCUACAUUAAAAAUAACCCAUACUACUUAUUGGGUUAGAGAGACUACUUUUAUUAGACUUGAAAACAGAACACAACUAUAAAAUCGAUGCUGUAUUAUUCUUGGUCCGUCCAAAAUACACCUUAACCCCCUUUAAAAGAUAUAUAUUGUAAUAUGUAUGGCUUGCUUACCUAUAUCUGCCUUUAUAUUCGUCAAUAUACUGUAUUGUGUGAGAAAGGCUCUGUUCAUCUCCCUCAUGAAUCCGCCCCCGAUGACACAAUCCAGGGGGCAAUUGGUGUCAUUAAGGCCUAAAUUGGGGGUUAAAGACUUUUUUUUCCCCAGAAAAAAACUAAGAAAACAGGAAAACAUGUUCACUGAAACAAGGAAAGUGUCUUUCAGGCAAAUUAAAAAUAAAAUGGGCUACAGCACAGAGCCUCCCUUCCCACACCACUUAAAAAAACCCUGUGACUGUACAGUACUUGCUGGAAAUAAAGACUCUGAAAGUUU